AUGCAGCUCUGGUCGUCUGGGCUGCGCGCCCUCAAACCGACUGGAGGGGGUGCGAUACUGCACCACCCUCAACCGUCUCAUGUUCGCUCUAUCCACGUCUCAUCAUUCGUUCCGCGUCCCCAUGUCGGGCAAGGUACUUCGACUACGCAGACAAUAUUCAAACAGACCCGGACGCUACUCUCGCGCUUCAUCACGCACCUUACCGCCCCAGGCACCCUGCGUUCGCCUCAGAACUUCCCCGCUUCGGCUCGUUCUCUGUACAAUGGCCCCACCCAGAUGCGCACAAUUCAGCAGGGCUUAUCGCUUCCUGCUCGCCAUGCCCUCUCGCGCCCACUGCAGGCUCCCCACCUUCCCCGUGCUCCCAGUGUUCCUCGUGGAGUGAGUCAAGUUGGCUUGGGGCUCGCCCGCAACUUCUCUACCGGGCGUCCAGUGUUCCAAAACCUCGUCGAGAAUGUGCCUGUCGCUGGGCGAGCGUUCUGGGAGGCCGAUUGGGAGCUGAAGAUGAACAAGGAGAGGGAGAGGUUGCGUAUGCAGAAGGAAAGCAAGAAGAACAGCAAGAAGGCUAGCAAAGAGAUGUCCAAGCCGAGGAGAGAGGCUAAGCCUCUCGCUGCGACUGUCGAGGAGGAGAGGAAGGCCGAGAUGGACCACUACUUCCCCAAUGUCAUCGAUUCCGAGGUGACGACCCACCUCCUGAUUCCGCUUGCGCCGACGCCCGCCUCGCGCAUUCCUCUUCCCGUCUCUCCUCAAGUUUCUCCCUCUUCGCACCCGCUUCUUCCAUUCCCACUCCUUUCAAGCUUGCAUAGCGCUCACAGCACACAAACACUCCGGAUUUCGUCGCUGUUUUCUCGCCUCGAUGCAGCACAUGUAUUCCAAGAUCCGGGCGUCCACUGCGAGGCUCACGGGGAUCCCUCUGGACUGUGCACCCUCCUUGAGGUGACAUUCGAAGGAUGGGACGAAGCUAGAGUGCGGAGUGUACUGGGGGAAGCAGGGCGCGGCUGGUGCGUAAUCGACGAAGUCCGAAAGGAUAAGGAGAGAGAAGACAGAGAGAGGAUGGAGGAUGUUUUGGAAGCCAUGAGCAUGGACAGUGAAGUGAGCUGGGGAGACAGCUUAGAGGAUGCGCAAGGACUCACCGUGGAUCCUUCGCACUCCUUGGUCCUCCCCACUCUCGAUUUCUCCGCCUCCUUUCCUCUUCCUCCCCGCGUUUCAUCCCCGUCGAUUGCCACACCUCUGUCGGACCUCGAGUUCCACAACGCAUGGACGUCAAUGGAAAGCGUUUCCCAUGGCGAAUCGGCACAUCGAUUGAACUCUGCAGGAUCGGAGUUGGAGUCGAGUUGGGUCGGAUCCGAUAUGGGGGUGGCCCAGCCGGAUGUGAAUUCUGAGUGGUCUCGCGGGUCCGAUAGUAGUUGGUGUGGUUUCAGUUCGUCCUUCACAGCUAGGAUGAACGAUGCGGAUCGCCCUGCAACGCGCGUCCUCUGA